AUGGAGAUGGUUAGGUCUAUGAUGAGUUAUUCGAGGUUACCAGAUUCGUUCUGGGGUUUGGCAUUAGAAACAACAUCGUAUAUUCUAAACAUGGUUCCAUCGAAGUCAGUUGACACUACCCCUUAUGAGAUGUGGAAAGUUUGGGGUAGUCCUGCACACGUGUUAGUGCAGGAACCUGGCAAGUUGGAGAAACGUUCGGAAGCACGAGUUUUCAAGGUGAUCGUUUCGACGAACGUUAGAUUCUUGGAAGAAGACUAUAUUAUGAAUCAUAAGCCCGCUAGUAGACUAGUCUUAGAGGAGUUAAGGGGUGAAAUCGAUGGUUCCCCACUGAGUGCGCAAGUAGAUACAUCACAUAAUACUGCAACACGGCACACUGAGAGUGUACCAGUGCAGACAGUGCCUCGUCACAGUGGGAGGAUUUCUCAUUUACCCGACCGAUGGAUAGGUCUUGGAGAGUCAUCGGACUCAGUUCCAGUAGGCCUAGAAUUGGACCCAAGAACUUACGAUGAGCCACUCCAAGAUAAAGAUGCAGAUUCAUAG